AUGGCAUAUUUAUCACUCAAGAAAAGUACUCCAGAAACAUGCUUAAGAAGGUACGCCAGAAACAUGCUUAAGAAGUUUAGUCUGAAUAAGGCAGGCUUUAAGCGUACUCCAGUUCCUAUUCAUGCCAAGCUCCCUCAAGACCAUGAUGCUGCUAAUGUGGAUGAUAAUGUAUACAGAUGUAUGAUUGGAAGUCUUCUCUAUUUAACUGCUAGUUAUCCUGAUAUAAACUAUGCAGUAGGAGUUUGUGCUAGGUAUCAAGGGAAUCCUAAAACAAGUCAUUUGACUAGUGUUAAACGAAUCCUUAAGUAUAUCAAUGGAACUGUUGAUUAUGGACUCUUUUAUUCCUCAAAUUCGAAUGGAGGUCUAGUUGGAUAUUGCUAUAAUGACUAG